AUGGAAAGAAAAGUUAGAUCAUUGGAUCGAGAGUCAACAGCGACUAACAUACUUUUAAAUUUAUAUGAAAGUGCUAUAGAUUCAUUAGAGGUGAAUUGGUCAGAUGAUAUAUAUCUUACCAUUUUUAUCAGAAGAGCAGUUUUAGCAUCAUAUGAGAAUUCGGACUGUGGUCCUGUACUUCUAAGCUUAUGUUCUAUAAAUGGACGUCGAAAUCCACAGUUGAUUGCGGCUGUCGCUUAUUAUUAUUCUAAACAAGGAGAUAAAAGUAGAGCUAAAAGUCUUUUAAACUCUACGAAAAAGUGUGUAGACACAUGUGGGGUGGAAUUGUUGUGUAAAGCCGAAAGUAUGCUGGAUACGGACGAUGAUUUCAAAUCGUUAUUAGGACCAUUUUAUUACAAACCAGACUUUGAUUUUCAAGAUAUAAAUUGUUCUCAGGCAAGUUCAAGUGGAGUUUCUUCAGUUCUGGAUUUUACUUGUCCAAAUGAGUAA